AUGCCCAUGUUCAUGCCACUACCCGCCUACGCGGAAGCUCCUCCUCGCGGAAGCUACUCAGGUACCAGUAGUGCAUCUGCUAACCCUGAUGAGGACUGGACCAAGAUCUCUGACAUUGCUGAGCGCCGACGGAUACAGAAUCGCAUUGCUCAGCGCAACUACCGCAAGAGACUCAAGCGACGUCUCGAGGACCUCGAGCGCCGUGCUGGCUCUUCUGACCAUGUCGGGUCCGAUAAGCAGGCCCAGGAGGCCACCAAGUCGAAGCGAUCCUUCAAGUCCCAAAAGUCUCAGCCCGCUACCUCCACCAAGCCAGUCAUCUCUCAGAGCCAGUUCAUUCCUCCCGGGGAGCCAACUGACGAUCUCUUCCCCCCUGGCACCCACGGCGACCGGGCUCGCUCCAACAGCCUUUCCCAGUUCACAUACUCGACUUAUCCGACCCCUGAUGAGAUGUUCGUCGCUCCCUACGAUUCCCCUGAGGCCUCCUUGGCCAUGAAUACUGCCGACGCCUACCCCAACUACCUGAAUGCUUCCGCUGUGCCCAUGAUGCUUUCCCCAAUGACGAAUUUUAGCGAUACCACCAAGCGGGAGUCAUGCCCCAGCGACGACGAUCUGACCCCUUAUACGACUUAUGGCUACAUGCCGCCCAUGGGCUUCAACGCUCCAAGCCCCUACGACCAGUCAAACCCUCAUGACAACUCAGCCAACUACUCAGAGGCCGAAAAGGAAUAUCCCAUCACGUGUUAGUCACUGACCGAUUCGCCCAGGCUGAUUCAGCUUUAAUAGAGUAAGUGAAAGACUACGUCCACAUUCUCACCCGCCUGAGCCAAGAUGAUUAAUAGUCAUCUUUUUCUCUGGGUGCUGGGGACGGUCCAACACAGUCUGUGAAAUGUAGCCACCGAGACACAAUUGGGCGACCAUAAGCUACUUUGCAGCUAGUUUAGGCCCUAGAAUCAGCUCUAAUAGGC